UUGUCAUAAUAAGAUUUACGGUCUUAUUUGCAUUCAUUCUUGUAAUAUAUGUGUUUAUUUUUCUAUGUUGUAGAAUUUAUUUAUUGUUAGUAUAAAACGAAAAGAUUAUUGAGAUCAGAGAAUGUUAACGAAGUUUGAGACAAAGUCCGCAAGGGUGAAAGGGCUUUCCUUUCACCCGAAACGUCCAUGGGUUCUUGCUUCUCUGCACAGUGGUGUAAUUCAACUGUGGGACUACCGUAUGUGCACAUUGAUCGAUAAAUUUGAAGAGCAUGAUGGCCCUGUUCGUGGUGUGUGUUUUCAUAACCAACAGCCUUUGUUUGUAUCUGGCGGAGAUGACUAUAAAAUCAAGGUUUGGAAUUACAAGCUUAAAAGAUGUCUGUUCACUCUGCUUGGUCAUCUUGAUUACAUUCGUACGACAAUGUUUCAUCAUGAUUAUCCAUGGAUUCUUAGUGCUUCAGAUGAUCAGACAAUUCGUCUAUGGAACUGGCAAUCUCGUACAUGCGUCGCUGUACUGACUGGACACAAUCAUUAUGUCAUGUCCGCUAAUUUUCAUCCGAAAGAAGAUCUUGUGGUAUCUGCGUCUUUGGAUCAAACCAUUCGUGUGUGGGAUAUUGCUGGUUUGAGAAAAAAAAACCUGUCGCCAGGUUCUGAGGAGACCAGGAAUUCUGGGACAGGUCCAACUUCGAUCGAACUUUUUGGCACAACUGAUGUUGUGGUCAAGCAUGUUUUGGAGGGUCAUGAUAGAGGUGUGAAUUGGGCGUGUUUCCACCCAACAAUGCCAUUGGUCGUCUCUGCUGCUGAUGACAGACUGGUUAAAUUAUGGAGAAUGAAUGAAUCGAAAGCCUGGGAGGUUGACUCUUGUCGAGGUCAUUACAACAAUGUGUCAUGCUGUUCAUUUCAUCCAAAAAUCGAACUCAUCUUGAGUGCUUCGGAAGACAAGUCUAUUCGAGUAUGGGAUAUGAGCAAGAGAACUGGAGUGCAAUCAUUCAGACGUGACCAUGACAGAUUUUGGAUUCUGACUUGUCAUCCCACACUCAAUCUGUUUGCAGCUGGCCACGAUGGAGGCAUGGUCAUUUUCAAACUGGAUCGUGAGAGACCAGCGUUCGCCACAAACCAAAACAUUCUCUAUUACGUGAAGGACAAAUACCUUCGCGGAUUGGAUUUCACGACUAGCAAGGACACAGCGGUCAUGCAAUUGAGAGGGGGAAGCAAGGUGAACCCGUAUUCCCUGUCAUACAACCCUGCCGAAAAUGCAGUUCUUGUAACAUCACGACCAUCUAAUGUUGAGAACUCUACUUAUGAUCUUUAUCAGAUCCCUAAGAAUAGCGACUCAUCUAGCCCUGAUGCACCUGAAGGAAAACGUUCAUCCGGUCUCACUGCUGUAUGGGUGGCAAGAAAUCGAUUUGCUGUGUUAGAUAGGACCCAUACAAUUGUCAUCAAGAAUUUGAAGAACGAAAUAACCAAGAAAAUCCAAGUUCCAGGAGUUGACGAGAUUUUCUACGCUGGUACAGGAUCUCUUUUACUAAGAACAGCAGAUGGGAUCACCCUUUAUGAUGUACAACAGAAAAGGGCCCUAGCGUCAGUGAAGAUUCAAAAAGUGAAGUUGGUGGUUUGGUCUGGUGACAUGUCCCAUGUAGCACUCCUCGCAAAACAUAACAUCGCUAUUUGUAAUCGCAAGCUCGAAUCAUCAGCAACUGUACAUGAGAAUGUGAGAGUCAAAUCUGGAGCAUGGGACGAAAGUGGGGUCUUCAUCUACACGACUUCAAAUCAUAUUAAAUAUGCUCUUCUUAAUGGUGAUAAUGGAAUCAUUCGUACUCUCGACUUACCGAUUUACAUCACUCGUGUUCGUGGAACAAGUGUGUUUUGCUUGGACAGAGAGACCAGACCAAGAGUACUUGGUAUCGAUCCUACAGAAUAUCGCUUCAAACAGGCAUUGGUUAACAGAAAAUAUGACGAAGUGUUGAACAUGGUUAGAAACGCAAAACUGGUCGGUCAAUCGAUCAUCGCGUACUUGCAACAAAAAGGAUAUCCUGAAGUUGCGUUACAUUUCGUUAAAGAUGAGAAAACCAGAUUUACUUUGGCGCUGGAGUGUGGUGAUAUCGAGGUUGCUCUUGCUGCUGCAAAAGCUCUCGAUGACAAGCAAUGUUGGGAAGCUCUUGGUGAAGUCGCUCUUGCUCAAGGGAACCAUCAGGUCGUGGAAAUGGCUUAUCAGAGAACCAAGAAUUUCGACAAGCUUUCUUUUCUUUACUUGCUCACUGGAAACUUGGAGAAAUUGAGAAAAAUGAUGAAAAUUGCUGAAAUUCGCAAAGAUACAUCUGGGCAUUACCAGGCUGCAUUGUAUCUUGGAGAUGUGUCCGAGCGUGUGAAAAUCCUACGCUCGUGUGGACAAACUCCGCUAGCAUAUCUGACCGCUGCCACUCAUGGAAUGAAGGAGGAAGCUGAACAACUCAAAGAGCAAUUUGAGGAUGAUCAGAGAGUGCCUGAAAUUCCAACCAAUGCUGAGUUACUUCAACCACCUCCACCUAUCUCUCAAUUUGAGGAGAAUUGGCCAUUGCUAACUGUCAGCAAAGGAUUCUUUGAGGGAUCAAUGGCUGGUCACGGUAAAACAGGAGCAUUGGCAGCUGAUAUGGAUGCUGACAUUGAUACUGGUGGAUGGGGUGAUGAUGCUGAUAUUAUUCUGGAUGAGGAUGGUGCAAUCGUAGAAGAUUAUGGUGAUGCUUUAGAUGGAGAUGAAGAUGGUGGUGGAGAGGGUGGAGGAGGAGGUUGGGAUGUUGAUGAUGAUGACCUGGAGCUUCCUGCUGAUCUAGAGUUGCCAGAUAUUCCUGCUUCUGAAGGAGGAGAAGGAUAUUUUGUUCCUCCAACUAAAGGAACUUCUCAAGCUCAAGUUUGGUGUAAUAAUUCUCAACUUCCCGUUGACCAUAUCUUGGCUGGUUCUUUCGAUACUGCUUUCAGGCUUUUGCACGACCAAGUUGGAGUUGUAAAUUUUGAACCAUACAAGACCCUCUUUAUGCGAACCUAUGCUCGUUCUCGUUCCACAUACAUCGGCAUUCCUUCCAUCCCAUCCGUGUUUAGUUAUCCUCACAGAAAUUGGCGAGAAGCAGGGGGAAAGGCUGGACUGCCUCUCAAUGGAACAAAACUUGCGGAUUUAGCGAGUUGGUUACAAGAUGCCUAUAAAUUGACAACCGCGGGAAAAUUUGAAGAAGCCAUCAAGAAGUUCAGAUAUAUUUUGCUUUCUGUUCCAUUGUUAGUUGUUGACAACAAACAGGAGAUAAGUGAGGCUCAACAACUGAUCACCAUUUGUCGAGAAUAUAUUGUUGGUUUAACCAUGGAACAACGAAGAAAAGAGCUCCCAAAAGAAAGCUUAGAUGAGCAGAAAAGAAAUUGUGAAAUGGCUGCGUAUCUCACACAUUGUCAAUGGCAACCAGUACAUCUAAUGUUAGCUCUGAGAACAGCUCAGAAUCUGUUCUUUAAAUUAAAGAAUUAUAAGACUGCUGCUGGAUUUGCAAGAAGACUGCUCGAGCUUGGCCCCAAGCCUCAGAUUGCUGCGCAGACUAGGAAAAUCAUUGCUGCUUGCGAUAAAAAUCCACGGGAUACUCAUGAGUUGAGAUACGAUGCUCAUAAUCCUUUCGAUAUUUGCGGUGCUUCAUACCUUCCAAUUUACAGGGGGAAACCAGUCGAAAAGUGUCCUCUCAGUGGAACUUGCUACCAAUCACAAUUCAAAGGAGAAGUUUGUCGUGUGACUCUAUGUACAGAAAUCGGAAAAGACUGUGUCGGACUGCGAGUUAGCGCUAUACAGUUCCGCUGACCAACUCUUUACCACUAAAUGCUUUAUAGUGCCCAUAUUUAACAAUAAUCGAUUUAUGCUCAACGGGGUGUGAGCCAAAGAAGACAGUUGGGUCUUAUAUUGUUUGUCUUAUUUGCUGUUCAAACAUGCUGAAGUAACAAUGCUUCCUUCCAAUCUGAAUGCAAGAUAGGAAAUUUCUGAUGUGUUAACUAUUAAUGCUUCUUAUAGUUCAUUAUGUGAUAAAGUGCAAAAUAUACUGGUAUAUAAAAGAAUAUAAUCUUGUGUCAUUGA